UAGUAUUUUGCUUUUGACAAAAGUUUAUUUACGAAAAUUCUGAACUUCGAUUCAUUAAUAAUAAUUAAUAGUUUUUGAAACAAUUACGGUCAUAUGUUAUUUGCAUUGUUUAAGAAAUAAUUUACCACGAGUUAUUUGGUGUUAUAAUAAAUCUUGUAUUUGUCGUGUAGAAAUUGACAUGACAUCUGUUUGUUUUCAAAUAGGAACUUUCGAAAAAAUAUUAUAAUUAAUUCAUGCUGUAAUAUACCGCUUUACGCCUUUACCAUGGAAGGCGUAGAUUGGAAGAAUAAUAUUAUAAGUGAGCUACAAGCUAGAAAUAAGCGAGAACGAGAUUCUUUUCAAGAUAUCAUAGCUUUUCAAAGUAGACUGUUCGAUAAUGUUAGUACACUAAAAAAUGAAAACCUGCAACUUACCUUAUUGAAUGAAAGAAUUAGAUUCUCCAGUACUGAAAGUGUAUUAAACAGUGGAGGUGUUGCUUCUAAUGAGAGAAUACAAGCUCUGGAACAGAAAAUUCUGUUGCAACAAGAAGAGCUCACAUCUCUACAUCGAAGACGAGGAGAAAGUUCACAGCAAAUCAUUAACCUUAAUGCUAGAGUCCACGACUUAGAAAAAAGUUUACAAUCUAAGGAUGUAAUAAUUUCAGAAAACACAGCAUUAAUAGCUUCAUUGCGAGCAGAAAUACAAAUGUAUGAAACAAACAUGACAGAGUUACAAGGACUUAAUCAAGUUUUAAGGGAUGAGCAUCAGGCAUUACAAAUUGCAUUUGCUGCCAUUGAAGAAAAAUUGAGGAAAGCACAGGAUGAAAAUCGGUCUCUCGUUGAAAGACUUAUAAAGUACAAAGCAAAGGAUGCGGACAAAAUGAAUGAAGAAAAUGAACACUUUCUCAAGUCAAGCAACCCUUCUGCGUUUUUCAUCAACACGUUUGGUAGAGUUAGUUUCGGAAAAAAGAGUGACAAAGUACGUAAGGAACUGGAAGAGGCAGCUAGAGAAGCAGGCAGUAGAAGCAGUAUAGGCUCGGCGGGCAGUUCAGAUGAGAAAAUCUUAGACUCGUUGCCGUACUACGCCACAGCUUUGCCUACAAAAGUUGCUUUACGAUUUGACGCUCACGACGGUGAAGUGAAUGCAGUUAAAUGGAGUCCAACAGACCAUUUGGUGGCGACGGGGGCCGCUGAUAGGAAGGUUAAACUAUGGAAUGUCUCUAAAAUUGGAGUAAUAGAAUGCAAAGGCACGCUCGUCGGUUCCAACGCGGGUGUGAUGUCGGUGGACUUCGACGCGACCGGCGCGUACAUAGUGGGUGCUUCCAACGACUUCGCGAGUCGCGUGUGGACUGUCGGCGACCAGAGGUUAAGGCACACGUUAACGGGACACAGCGGAAAAGUAAUGGCGGCAAAAUUUCUCGGAGAACCAACCAAAGUCAUCACUGGCAGCCAUGACAGAACGCUUAAAAUAUGGGACCUCAGGAGUAGAAUGUGUACAGAAACUAAGUUCGCAGGAUCGUCUUGCAACGACCUGGUGACGUCAGACGGCGCGGGCUCCACCAUCAUCUCGGGGCACUUCGACAAGCGGAUACGCUUCUGGGACAUACGCACGGAAAUGUCGGCCAAUCACAUCAUGCUCCAGGGCAAGGUCACGUCGCUCGACCUCAGCAGAGACAGCAAUUAUUUGUUAGCGUGCGUCAGAGACGAUACGAUACAGCUCAUAGACCUACGGAUGAACACAAUAGUGCGAUCGUUCAGUCACGAGUCUUUCAAGGUGGGUUGCGACUGGUCGAGGGCAGCCUUCGGUCCGGCCGGCAGGUUACUAGCGGUGGGCGCUGCGGACGGCGCUGCGUAUGUCUGGAACACGCAUUCCGGAAGACUGGAGGCUGUAUUAAAGGACCACCAGUCUGCUGUAACGGCGGUUUCAUGGCAUUCACAGUCUGGCCUGCUGGCGUCGGUUGAUCGAGGGAAGCGCGCAGUCAUUUGGGGAGAUUUGUGACAGGCAACAGAACUGGCCACCCUCUCAGUACCACCAGCAGAAGAAGUAGCCAGUCAGAAUGUUACAGAACUCGAGAGCGACAGUCCAGAGGUAUUCGACUUCUUUAAAGGCCUCACCACAGACAUCUUCCAGCGAUUUACAUGAAAGAAAACAUCAAUGCGUCCAGGCGCUACGUUGAUUCCUUAUGAAGUUAAAAAAAAUCACAUGAGGUUUUGUUACCUGCAACAGACUGUAAAAUAUUUACGCGAAAAUGUAAAAACUCAAAAAAAAACAAUUAAGUACACACUCGUCUCUAUAGUUAUAAAAAUUGGUCGAAAAUAAAUGAAAAGGUGCUAUUAUUAAUGUUACAAUUUGUAUUAUGGAAAAUUUGUUUCUCGACUGAAAUUUAAUAGUCAUUGGAUGUGAUACUCUGUAAUUGCCUAACAUUUUAAUAAAUGUCUCCAGACCCAUAAUUACUGUCAUCAGUAUAGCAUUCCCACGGAUACCUAGUAUUUAUUAAAUUAAAUUACUACUCGUACAUACACUUGAGCUAUUUCAGAUUUAUUUGCUUAAUUAUAAUUUCCUGCAAAGCUGAGAUCUUCCAUUUUCGGAAUACGGUUUGGCUUCGGUUAUAAUUGUAAGGUGUACAGAUGAGCGUUUUACAGGUGCGUUAAUGUUUAAAACUGAAGGAGCGUUAGUAAAACAGAAAGAUGUUUAGAAAUUAUCAGAGGUCUGUAAUAGGUUGCUAAGCAACAGUUUGUAUGCGCCAGAAUCACAAUAGAUUUAUAUUAUGCCUCCUCCUGUAUCACUACAUAACUUAUUUCUACUAUGCUGACGUUCCUUUACUUUACUCACACAAAUGUUCUGUCGUUGGACUACUAAAAAAGCCGAACCGACUUUCUGAUGCAGAACAACUGUAGCAAGGAAUCGCGCGAAUCUAAUUAGACAUUAGACGUCACAGGUUAUAUUAAUAAACACAGAUUAAGAUUUAAACCUCAAUUUUCUUCAAAGUAAAGUGAACUUUAAAUAUUAGUGAUCAAGUCCACUUUACUUUGAACAAAAUUGAAAUUUCAAUCUUAAUUCUUGUUCAUAAAAAUGACCGACGAAUUUUUUUUUUCUUGUUUACGGACGCUUUCUUUAAUCUCCAGGGUAGCUAUUGCAUUAAUGCAUAUAUGAAGUGCACGCUGCUGUAGCAACGUACUUCAUAAUUUGUUAUGAAUAAAAGUUACCUUGGUUUUAAUGUAACGACAUUAAAAGCGUGUAUUAUUAUUUUAACGAUUCGCUUAAACCGAUCAUGGGUGCUCGGUUCUCGUCAACCUACUCAAUGAUAAUGAUUCCUCAUUAUGUAAGAUAAAAUCUAUAAACGUUGAAGUAUGAGGUAUAUAAUUUAAUAGGCAUGUCUGAAACAACAACAUUACCUUGCCAUAAAUGUUUGAUUCCAUGAAAAUUAUUAUGUUUGGCAUAUUGAAAUUAAAAUUUGACUUUUUUUUAUACAAUAACUUUUCAAGUAACACAUUCAUAUUGUUGUUCAGCGUUCUAUAUCAUGGAAACCAACAUUCCAAAAUAAUUUAAUUUAGACACACGCCAAAAUUUACCAUGGUGUAAUUUUUUUAACGUGUAGAUGUAAUUUGAAGUUUUUGUGUAAAAAAAACAAAUACCGACUGCAAUUCGAAGUGCACCGUCAAUUUCACCAAGAACCUAUUAUCAGAUAAGCAUGGUAUCACCUGGGAAGUAAACUCUAUCAUCCAAAAAAAUCCAAAUUAGUCCAGACAUCUUCGAUUAAUAGGAGAAUAUUCAUGAAAAAUAAAAGAUUGCUACGAAUUCAGAAGCUUUUCCUUUUUGUAUUCAGUUAAAAACUGCGUUAGGUACAAUUUGGUCAAACUACAGACGUGAGAAACCGAGACCGCAAAACAAUAGAAGCAGCGAGCAGUGGCUAGAACGCUAGCUCUAAUUUAAAUCGCGAUACAAGAACUACAAAGCAACAUUUUCAAAUUUAGAUCACAAUGAACGAUAAAUUAACGGGCGUACAUUACUGUCACGGUGACAUCAUAUUUGUUUAACUCGAGGGCGGUGGAUCACGAACCACCUGUGUUGAACAUUCAUUAGCACACAAAGGAUUCCAGCUUGAUCACAACUCGGCACCUUGAGCCUUAUUGAACUGAACAAUAGAGGCUUCUGGUUGAAACAUUUUUAACCUUUAAAUGCCGUCGUGAAAGUAUUGUAGUCCUGCUUAAAAAAUAAUAGACCUUAUUUUCUUUUUACUCAAUUUUCCUCGAAAGAAAAUAACUAGGUACAAAAUAUAAACGGUCCCUCAAACCGUGUCACUUUACAUAAAAAACGAGAAUGAAAAUUUUUAUGGUAAUAAUUAAAAAGGAAAAAAAAAUUAAAACUUCCAAAUUAAAGAGAAUAGAAGAAGAAGAAUAUCAAUUGGGACUGCCAUUAAAUGAACUAUAGUUUUGCAAUUUUAAUAGUUACGAGAGUAAAUGGAGACAUUUUUUGCUUUAAACUUAUUUAUGAUGACAUUUGAAAUAGCGAUGGCAUCUAGUUUUUCUUUCUUCCAAAAAAAUAUCUGUAGGUAAUAGCUGAAUUCGGGAGUUGGUGGUGUCACAACCACGUUUGAAGAAGUUGUUCCCGGUUUUCAUCUGAUACUUCACAAAGAUCAUUACAGAGUUGUAACAUUAUCACAAAGAUGCAUUGGGACAGCAUGGUGGGGAGUUGUACUUCAAAUUCUCUUUAUAUAGUGAGAGAACAUAUGUCUUAAAAUAGCUAGUGGCGCUCCCAAAACCAGGCUUUAUUUAUCUGGUCAGUCUAUAAUGUGGAGGUGAAGGCGCGUGCGUGCGCCUUGAGCCAUACAUCCAUAAUCCCGUGACGCGAUGUUUUGACGGACGCGUUCGCUCGUUUUUUACCGACGUUUUUACCACAUUUUUUACACGCCAGUCCAACGACCCCGCACCAUUUAUGAAGCGCUAUUUUCACAUGUAAUUACGCGUAUAACAGACCGCUUAAUUACCCGAAACUGCUGCGACGACGGUGUUUGGAAUUCGUUCAAAAAACCUAAUCCGGAGCCGCGAACAUGUAUUAACGCUCCGUUAACCUUCGCCUCCAUUAACUUGCGUAUACUUUGAAAUUCGGAUGGGAUUUCAAAACGGUGCACAGUCUCUCUAUAUUAAUUACAUUUCUUGCCAUAAAAACAUGUCAUAGUUACUUUUAAAGAUAUUAAAUUGCCAGUGUUCGUUAUAGACCGUAUAUUUACAUAACGGUGACGACGCAACGGUCGUCUUUAAAAUAUCGUUAGCGAUGUCGACAACUAUUCACAAGUAUUUUUCUUUCUGUUUUUAAUGAAUUCCGUACUGACCUGUAUAAUAUUAUAUUUAGCUUUAAUUUAAGUUGUAUUUUAAUAUAAAAAAUGAUUGGGAACAGUGGUCAAGUUGUCGAACUUUAUAUUAAUCUAUGUCUUCCGUCUACAAACUUAAUAAAUGGAAGUUGAAAAUAGAUGACAUUAAAUCAUUGCUUCAAAGUUGUCACAAAUUUAUUUAUCUUCAUAAACAUAUGGAGAUAUAUAAAUUUAAUAAUAAAGCUUUAUGUAAAUAAUGCACCUAUUACUAUAUUGACAUAAAGAUUACCAAAUUAUUUCAUAAUUUCUCCCUAAUAUUUAUUUGCUACGCUGAUUUCGCACAUUUCGAUUUAACUUUUUUGAGAUAUCUCGUUUGACGACAGAGGGAAGCUAUAAGGAGCAAGCACUGUAUGCUUCACUUGCUAGUGCCUGCGACUCCACCUUAUCCCCCCUCCCCUUUAAAAUAAUUUGUUUACAAUAAAAAAAAAAUUUUGUUAUCAACUCUAUAUGAAAUCAUUAUCUUUAACAUCUGAUUGUGAUCGUUAAUGAAUUUAACAUGAUCACCCUAAGCCCGCCUAACUGCAUUGGGAUAGCGUGGUAAGCUUCAUAUUCCCUCUUCUAUAACAAGGGAGGCCUAGCCCUGUUAUAGGACCUUAAAAUAAGCUGAUAAUGAUAUAAACUUAUAACUUACUCUUUUAUGUUUAAUAAUUCCUAUUUGCAUUAUGUAUAUGAAAAUCUAUUUUACUAUCUAUUUAAAGCUAUCACUUACUCAUUUAAGUAUUUUAAAUUAUUAUUAUUAAGCAGCAAUGCAUUGUUUGCUGAAAAUAUGUGCCUUUUAUUAGUCUUUUCGUUAAGGGGACGUUGCGAAUAUUAUCUUACACGUUCGUCGUAUGUGCUGUGUUGCCAUUUAAUUCAAAUGUAUUUAUGUGUACGUGCGCAUAUGUAUUUAGAUUAUAAUUUUUCCAAAUGGACAUUACAUAAAAGUACGAAAUUACGUUUUACAAGCAAAUGGAAUAUACCCCAAAUUGCCUAAUCUCUGAGGCCAGUAAAAAAUUAAACUUUUGAAAUAUUUUGUCUUUGUCUUUAAACGGACAUUGAAAAUAUACUACUAUACAGAUUUUCCGGAAGUAACUUGCGCUAUAAUGAAAUUCAAAAACCAAACAUUUAUAUUGACACUUGUAAAGAGCAAAUUUUUUAAAAAGUAUACCUCAAUUUUUAAGUCUGACCUAGUAGAUAUCUCUGUAGGUUACGAAAAAUGUGUGGACUUUAUAAAAUAAUUCACCGGAAUGGAUAUAUAACAAUUAAUGAGUACCAAACUUGUGAAACCCAAUUUUUCUAUUACGAAUAUAUUUUCAAUUUACAUACAUUUUACUUUAGUACUAGGUUUGGAUUAUUAUAGAUAGAUAAGUUCUAUAUAUAAUAUUAAUUAUCGCUCGAUAAAUCUUAUCGAGUAAAUAAUGUUUUAAACUUGAAGGAUGUCACGACCACAAUUUUUUAUGUUAAGUAUAGAUAUUCUAUUUUCAAAAAAACCGUUUCGAUUUUGUUAUAGUACUAAGGUAAAGACGGGCGUUGGAAGUCAUAAGUACUAUAUUUUUAUUGGAUUUCGUAUAUUUUUAAAAGAAAUAAAUGAAAAUUAAAAAAGUAUUUAAAACUAUACUUAUAUAUAGAGAAAGCAUAAUAAUAUUAACAGUGUCAUGAAACUUGAAAAUGUAUCAGACCUAAGUAAUUAAUGUAUAUUAAUAAAAGUAUGUAUAUUAAGGAAAGUAUGUAUUUAAGUAGUUAGGUUUAUAUAUUAAUAACAUUUAAAAAUAUUUUUGGUUUGACCAAAAAUAUCUUUAUAUUGUAGACAUAUAUUUCAUGUGCUAUAUUUUGAUUCUAGUGCCUAAUAUGUAUUUAGUUUCGAUUUUCACUGUUUGUUAAAAAUAAAUGUUUAAUUCAGCUUUUUUAUGUAGCUUUUUAUAUUUAUACUAGUCUAUUAUAUAUUCUUGAAUAUUAAAAUGAAUUUUGAAUAAAAAUAAUAAUAAUUUAAGAAUGUCAGUUGUACACAAAAAUGUAGUAAAUUUAAACCAAAACUCUGACUACCACCUAUGUUAUUUUUUAAGUACCUACAACUGUAUUUUGAUAUAUAAACAAGGUGGGUGAUAAAGAAAGGAGUGACAACAAAUUGGUGUGUUAUUAAGGGAGUAUGAGGCCAUCUUGACAUUUCAUCACAUUUAAUUUAAGUAGUUAUUAUUAUUAAAAUAAACUUUAACAAAAUAUUUCAAAAUUAUUUUUUUAAUAUAAAUAUCUAUGUAGGUACAUCCACAGUUGCCGAGAGUUAGUGUGUAAUGGCUGGACUGAUUUAAAUACUGACGCCAUUUUGGAAAAAAAAAUAUACGCGAAGAAAUGUAUUUAAUAUUAAAAAAGAAUAUUAUAUGGUAAUGUGAUUACUCUCAAGACGUCCCCUAAAGUUGUGAGAGACCAGCUUUUUAUAACAAAGAUUUUGUCCUCAUCUAGAAUCUGAUCACAUCUGAUUUUAGUUACAAGAACGGGAAAUCUUCAAGAAUCAAUAACACUUUAUGUGACGAAACUUUUCGCCCCUCAUCAUGUAAAAUAAUCGUGAUUGUUGUUAGAAGCGAACCGGUGUUUAUAUCACAGAUCAUUAAAGUCCCAAGUCAACGUUAUGCCUUGCUUGAAAGAUUUACAGAAUUUAAAAGUUAACCUAAGCAUUUUAAUUAGUUGUUUAGUCUGUGAUAAUUCCACGGGACUCUUAAAUGUCAUUUAUUUUUUCUUAGGUAGAUGUAAAAAUGUAAAGUGAAUUAACAUUGUCCAGCCGGCCUUACUCAGGUUCUGACUGAGUUACAUAAUAUACAUAAUAUAGUGACUAAGGUGUGUUUGUCUAUCGUAACUUUUGCUUUUGAGUCUUGGAUUCCUAUAAUGUUUGUUUUAUUAACAGUAAAAAACAAUGUCAAAGAUUUUAUACUUUGUGAUUUAAUACCUUAAAAGCUUCCAAGCUAUUACGUGCUUUGAACUUCGGUGUAUCAAAAAAAGUUCAUCUUAAUGGUUUAUGAUAUUGUAUAUUUGUGUCAAUUUAUAAAAACAUUAUUGAGUGUAGGAUUGGUGUGAGUAAUUUUUAAAAUGUCUAAUAAACCAACAACAAAUGUUUUAUUAAAAGACAAUACAAUUUUAUUUUGAUAGCAAGUAAAAUGUAAAUGCUAUUUUUUUUUAUAAGUAACGCAUUUUUCUUUUGAGUUUUGUCUCGCAAUGUGCUAAACAGUCGGUUUCUAUAAUUAUAAUCGAUCUUAUUUGCAAUUAUUUUUUUUUUUUGGAAACAAAACUUUCGAUAAAUUAUAGAAAUCCGUACUAGUACAAAACGAAACUCCAAAAUUUAAAUGCAUUUAUAUUAGUAAGUUAAUGUUCGAAAUAUUUGCUAUUUUUAACAUACAAAUCUAUUUCUAAAGUAAUACUUAGAAAAUGGCAUCUAAUAAAAUUGUUGAUUAUAAUUUGAAAUGAAUGUAAUUGAGUUUAACUCUUGUACUAUUUACUAUGAUGGCUGUUACUUUGUAUAAAUGGCUUUAAGGCGAAGUAGUAGUGUAUAUAAAAGUACAUUAAUUGAGGAUUUCAUGAUCAUAAUAUUAUGUACCAUGCAGAUCGAGUAACAUGUGUAGGUAUCUUCUUACACUCACAUAGGUAAUUACAUUUUUAAUAGACUUGAUACUCAUACUUAUUAUAUGCUUCUAGUUGAUCGAACAAAAAAAUAGGACGGGCUUAAUAUAAGGUGACAUACACAUUAUACCCACUUACAUAUAACAAUCGCCUAGACCUUAAGCAUAAACUUCUCGUCUGUGAGUCAAAGAAAAGUUCCUACGAUGCAUCACUCUGCUCUAAUUUUAGACAUGGGGUUAUCAUCGUUAGCGGAUGCACGUUUUUGACAUUGGCCUCUUGUGAGGACUACCAGACACCAUGUUGAGUCACAUGGAUACAAGCUCUCCGAAACCCGUUCCAUAUCAAUGCCUAGUAGGAGGACCCACACUUCGUUUUUAGUGCGGCGUCGCCACACUUGCACUUUCAAACUCCAACGCACUUCAGUUCUUCGAACUAUGUGUCCCGGGGCAGGGUGGCCACUGAAUCAUUACUAGCACGGGAUUAACUACAUGACAUGAUAUCGCCUCAGCGAAAAUUGCAAUCCGCCCAGGGGCAGUGAACAAGCAAACUCGACUCAUAAGACAAGAUGCCUCAGCCCCGAAAGGGGCUGGAAAAAUCCACCGGGGGUACAAGUUCCCUCGAAUCUUACUCGAGCAAGGAGGCUAAGCCACGAGGCCCGUACCCCACCCGGAGUACCCCACUGCGAUGCCCUGCCCAAUGUGGCUUCAGCUUUAUGACUCAUUGAGGUUGGUAUCUUUUUAAAUCUUCUGCGAAUCUUUUCAUCUCUCAUUUGAACAUCCAGAUAGACUCUGAGCAUAGCUCCAUAGCCCUCUGAGUUACUCUGACCUUCUUGUGAGGCCUCAUGAAUCUGUAAACUAUUUAUCUUAUCCUUUUUCAUCCUUAGUCCUUUUAAAAAUAAUAUCAAUGGUGGUAUUUUUCCGCUGACUGCUGACAUAAAGUGUAAGCUAACAGUUUCUUUGAUAUUUACCAUACCGGUAGACUUUGAGCCGCAAAUCAGCGGCAAAUUUUUGCGGUGCUCUAUCGAGUGAGCUUACUGAAGCAGAUCGUAAUUUCGUUGCAUAUCAACCGCUAGCUGUGUAAGUCGGCAACCGUUUAGCCACUAACUGCAUAAAGUACGCACAGUCUAAACUCUGAAGUAUUGAGCAUAAACUGAUUUUUUAUUAUUAUUAAAUUCCUGAAAUGUAUAUCGAUUUGUGCCUCUAUUCCGUGCGUCUGAUUUUAAAGCGUAGUAGUUAAUAGGUAAGUUUAUCAAUUAUUUCUGCUCACGAGUAUGUCAGUCUUUUAUACGAGUAUUUUAUUCAAUGUUAUGAAGAUGUAUAGUGUCAUUUAUCACGCUCACAAAUUAUAGCCAAGAAAGUCUGUUUUUAAUCUAACGACCUAUGUGUGUUUCGAGCUGACUUUUGUUAACCGAUCUGCUGGACUAUCCACUAACUCAGUGGCUUUGAAAAAUGAAGGCUAUCGAGCUAAUCUGAUGUUUACUUAUGUGUGCUUCAAAUUACUUUUGUAAUUUGAAGCACACAUUGAAUAAGUCGAGUGGGUUUUACCUUUUUUAAAGCCACAGAUUUAGUCAUUGUAUUCUCACAAAAUGCAUAAUUUACUCGUAUUCAAAUUUUCGUAAGCGCUAUGAGUGUUUAGUAAAUAAGAAUAACUUGAACGUGGAGUACAAAGUUUGCUUUUGUGCUCUUAUUUUUGUAUGUACUUAGGAUAUGAUUAUACGUUUAUAUACUCAUAUAAUAAGUUAAUAUUUUGAAUAUUAAUGUAUAGUCAGAGUAAAAAUAGAUAAAUCGUAGGCCGGUGGAAAACAGAGGAACCAAUUUCUUUUACUAAUAUACUAAGCACAGUCUGCCAGAAACCAUAAUGUCGCCAGUAAUUCAAGUUUUUAUAUUUCUGGUUUGGCAACACAGUAGAAGGUGUAUUGUAACAUUUACCUACUCGUACGUCGCCAUAGGACUUAUUCGAAAAAUUACCUAAUCUUAUAAAAAAAGUACUGUCCCUCGAAUACGGGAAAAAUCUUUAUCACCGAGAGAUUCUUACUAGAUUUGUUCUUGUAGGUAUAUGUCGCAUUGUCGCUGGCUACAACACAAAAAUAUAUUACUGAACCAAUGCCCAUAUAUGUUCUUAUAAUUAUAUUUACAUUUUACAAGUUAUAUUAUAAAGUUUGUUUCACUGGAUCGGACGCUAAGCAUGUUGUAAUUAUAUAUAGUACAAGUGUGCAAAGUUGGUAAUUAAGGUCGACAUGGAAACUAUGCCAGACUGUGAAGGUUUGAACAACGUCGAGAAUUUCAUUAAUUUUAUCAAUGCACACGCGGUAUGAUACCAUGUUUUCUAUGUAUUUGCAAGAAAACAAACGCCAAAUAGAUAUUAAACUACCUUAACUUCCAAGUCUUGUAAGAUGUAGGUACUUCAUACCACGAUCUUUUAUAAUUGUCCAUACGGAAAUAUUUUUCAUCAAUGAUAAGUGCAUAAAUUCGUCAAGACAAUAUUUUUAAAGUUUCGAUAACAGUGACGUCACUACUUGCAAAUAUAUCGAAACUAUUAUGUACCAAGUCUCAUGUUUGAUGAACGUUUAUUAUUAUUAAGGAAAAUAAAUAAGUACACAUUACAAUAUUA